AUGUCUCAGGGGAGUGAGGCCGCGAGGAGCAAGAGGAAGACUGCGGAUGGAAGUACAGACCGACUCAGUGGGCUCCCAGAAGGUCUGCUGCUGGACCUUCUGUCCUUCCUUCCAUCGAGGGACGCAGUGCGGACGUGUGUGCUUGCCCGCCGCUGGCGCAACCUGUGGAAGGAGGUGCCUGCUCUCCGCAUCACCCCUGCCACCACGUCGGGGUACUGUGGCGCAAGUGCCCUGAACAGAAUCAUGUCCCUGUCACUAAAGCGUCUCAUGGUCGCACAAUGUCACUUCAUUGGGUAUGCCCGUACCCAAAUAUAUGCCUCAAAUCUCAUUCUCCUUCUGUUAGUUGACUGUAUGGGAAUGACUCCAUUGCUCGUGAGCAUGCCAUACCUAGUGGAGGCAUUUAUCAGACUUGGAUACUGCAAUGAUUUUUGUAAACAUAGUUAUGAGAUUGGUGAUUGCAGGGACGAGUCAUGUUGGGGAUGCCAGUUCUAUGAGGACAACUAUGGAAAGAAUAAUUGCAUUCUUCUUCAUGGUUUGUCAAGCUGUACAAAUCUGGAGUUAACAGCUGCAACAGCACCGAUACAUGAGAGAUUAGUGGAAAUAGGAGCAAGUUAUGACCUAAGGAAGCAAUCCCUUGUAUUGAAGGACCUUAAUGUUGAAGUUAGAUGUGAUGAUGGUAAUGAGCGGGUUCACAAAGUCUUUGGAUGUUUUGGGUUCCUAUGGUUUAUCCCCUGA